CUCCUGCAUUAUUUGGUGGAGGAGAUAGGAGAUGGUGGCAGUCCUGGACAGCCUUGUCUGAACUGGGAAGCUAAGCUGAAUCUGACCAGAACCAUCAUGGACCCAAUGGAAAUGAGCACUGGAGGCCUGAGACAAAGAAGGUCUCAGGAGCAGACCAGGGGGGAAGAGGAAGCACAAUUACUCAGUGGUAAUGAAGGCGAAGGUACUAGAACAGGUACACAGUCAGCUGAGUGAUCUAUUAGACAAGGCCUUGGAAGAAGCAGCUCAUUCCAGACCCCAGCAAUUGAGCGUCAUCCCAGCAAAGAAGCAAACCAGAGAGAAGGGAAAGCUACUGAAGAAGAAAGUCUUUGUCCCUCAACGGUCCUUCUUUGACACGUUGCUGGAGGUGGAACAUUUCCGCACAAUCCAUCACAUAUUUGUGGCCGUGCUCUGUAUCUUUGUCCUCAAACAAAUCAUUGUGGAUUCCAUCGAUGAAGGACGUCUUGUUUUGGAUUUCGAGCUCUUUAUCAUUGGCUUUCGACAGCUGCCCACAGCACUCUUGGCCUGGCUCUGCAUGUUCCUCUACACCUUAUUUGUGCCCUUUCAGGCUCUGCAAAUGUGGUCAGGCUGCUUGAAGACGACCAGGUUCCCCAACCUCUUGACGGUCACCUUGGUGUUCCUGAUGCUUCUCUGCCAUGCUGCAGUGCUGGGAUUCUUCCCCGUCUAUAUUGCUGUCUACUGUAAUUUGGGAAUUGCCUCCCGUAAAAUUGUCCUCUUGGAGCAGAUCCGGUUCCUGAUGAAAAGCUACUCAUUUCUGCGAGAAUCGAUGCCUCCUCUUCUCCAUGCCAGGAACCAAGUUGGGAAGAUAAGCUGUCCUGAAUUCUCAACCUACUUAUAUUUUCUCUUCUGCCCAACUUUGAUCUACAGAAUGAGCUAUCCAAGAGAUCCAUACAUCCGCUGGAGUUACGUCAUCCGAAAACUGGUCGAGUUCUUGGCUGGUAUAUAUUUUGUGAAUUUCAACAUGCAUAAGCAGCCUUUCACCAUCAAAACCCUGCUGCUCUCCAUCUUUGAUUCAGUUAUACCCGGGAUAUCAUUACUAUUCGUGGUCUUCUAUUUCUUCCAGGACUGGCAAAACAUAUUUGCUGAGAUCCUGCGCUUUGCGGACCGUUCUUUCUACAAGGACUGGUGGAAUUCCACAUCAUUCUCGGCAUUUUUUCGGUCAUGGAAUGGGAUUGUACACGAUUGGCUGUACUGCUAUAUUUAUCAAGAUUUUCUGUGGCUGAUAGGAGGGAGAGCCCGAGCUGGAGCUAUGUUCAUGGUCUUCCUUUUGUCAGCGGUUAUCCAUGAAUACCUCUUCACCUUGGCUUUUGGCUUCUUCUUUCCCAUCUUCUUUGUGCUUUUUGCCAUGACUGGAGCGUUCUUUAAUUUUGUUCUCAAUGAUAAGAGAAAAGGCCCUUUCUGGAACAUCAUAUGGAUAUGCCUCUGUUUGGGCAUAGCAAUCUUUUCCUCCUUAUACUGCCAAGAGUGGUUUGCACAGGCCCACUGUCCACUCAAGGAGAAGACCUUCUGGGGGCAAGUGACUCCACGUUCCUGGUAUUGCCACGCAUAAGCAACUAUUUCCAGCCUACUCUAACCUUCUACUUUGCUUCAAAAAUGAUGUCUCACAAGGGUAGCACAUUACCUGCUGCUGCAGCAACAAGGACUC